GUACGGGGUACCAAUAACGGUACUUCGUUUGACCAUAGAGGUGCUCAACUUUGCAGCAACACCGAAAUCUGCUAUUUUAACCUCACCUCGCUCGGUCAAGAGGAUGUUGGCACCCUUAAUAUCUCGAUGUAUUCGAUUCCUAGCAUGCAUAUGUCGUAGGCCUUUAAGAGUUUCCCUCGUAACAAAAGCAAUACAAUCCUCUUGCAAUGGAAUACGAGUAUAAAGGUAAAUGUCCUGCAUUGACUGUCCACCACAAAACUCCAUACAAAUCCACAAUUUGUUCAACCGAAGGUAACUCCCAUAGUACUGCACAAUAUUGGGAUGAGAGCAUUCCAUGAGUGUAUGAAUUUCUUGACAAAUUGCUCGAAUAUCAUCCUUAGGAUCUAUUUUCAUAAUCUUUAUCGCCACCAAUCGACGGUCAUCGCGUCUUUGAGCCUUAUAUACAUCACCAUAUGUACCACUUCCAAUGUUAGCAAGAACUCUAUAUUCUGUUUUAGGAUCAGAUUGUUUGACAAUUUGUCGAAGGUAAGCUAA